AAGAAGAAGAAGAAGAAGAAGAAGAAGAAGAAGAAGAAGAAGAAGAAAAAUUGCAUUUAUAUAGCGCCUAUCCACGCUCCACAGCAUUCUCUAAAUCCACGCCCUAUAACAAAUAUACCCCAAUGAAUGUAUAAUAUUGAUAUCAAAUAUAAUAUUUGUGAUGACGUUUUAUCUCAGAUCUGAGCUGGCGUGUGGAGCAGUGCGGUUCGUACCCCGUGACAAGGCGAGCCCUCUGGUGGCGUUGGCGAGUUUCCCAGGAUCUGGUAAUACCUGGCUACGUCAUCUCGUGCACCUGUCUACUGGACUAAAAGUAUGUCAGAUGAAGAGUAAAAUGUUAAUAAUCUUUUUUUUUCCAGGAUUCUAUACGGGCAGCGAGUAUUUCGACUAUGACUUGCACGAGUCAGGGUUUCUUGGGGAGGGAGUGAGGAACCGAUCUGCAAUUCUCGUAAAAACUCACGACUCUGACGAGGUCACGAGAAGUCGUUAUGACAAGGUUGUUCUACUCAUGCGCAGUCCGAGAGCCGCCAUCUUGGCCGAGUUCAACCGAGUGUACAGCGGAGACCACCGAGGUCUUGCAUCACGGGAGAACUUCCUGAAAUGUGUCCGGUGACCCCGGAAGACUUCAGUGCUCCCUCCGAGGGGGCGUGGCUAACCUCUGGCGGCGGGGGAAUUAUGGGUCAAGCACAGAAUCUCAGGAUGACCUACUACUUUACAACCCCGAGACUGCCUAUGUCUGGGACAUGUUUUACAAAGAAAUAGUGGAGCAAUACAAUAUAAUGACACAAAAGACGUUGAUAAAAGUGUAGUUUAGGUCUCGUUCCUCAAAAAAGUUUAAAAUGUCUCCAGCCAUGUCCUUUCGACCGCCAUUUUGUUCCCAAGAGAAUGGAGGUCCCGGAUGUGCUUGAUGAUAUAGAUAAUGUUAAUAAUAAGUGCUUUUACUUGUAUAUAGCCAUAUACAUACUUUACAGUAUGCUCUAGAUUUAGGUGUUUUACUAAAUUGUUAUCCCAUCAGGUCCUAAAACAACCAGAAACAUGGUCGGCUUCCCAGGAAGCAUACAGCACAAGCUGCCGAACAAACGCUCAAGCACUAAAAAUCUGACAAGAUUGUUCCCUGUCUAAAGAUGGGUAUAUAUACCAAAAGAAAGAAAAAACGACCUUAACCUGACCCUUGCCACUGGUUUCUGUGGCAUGCGGGUAGUCAUUUCCACCUAAGUGAGGAACAUUCGUGCAAAGUGCCUCCUUUCCCAGGAACACAAUGUCUGAUCCCUGAGUAGUAGAUCAAGUAAGCUCCCAAUGGAGGGAGGCCUCAACCAUGGGGUUCUCGUGGUCGUUGUCUAGUAGUAAACUGUUCACCUCUCAUGCAAUAGGUCCAGGGUUCGAAACUGACAGUGACGGGAUUUUUUUUUCUCUAAAACAUGCUCUUUCACCUCCUUUC